UUGCUGGCUACAAUCCUACCUUUGCCUGGGGCUAUUUACCUUACAGUUUGCCAGUGUAAUCUGGGAGAGUUGGCCUACAGCAGCUUCAUCUCCAGAAGGAUUGUGUCGUGCUUUCAACACAGAGUUGCCAGCACAGGCUGGUUCGUGGACUGACAGAGAGAGAGAAGGAGCAAGAUGGCUGCCGAAGCAUGGAUUCUUAAGGAAAAAGACUUUUCAAAACUCCCCGACCUACGAGUGGUACUUCUGGGGGGGACAGGAUCUGGGAAGAGUUCAUCAGGAAACACCAUCCUGGGCAGAGAGGAGUUUGACCUGAAGACAAGAACAGCUCAGUGUGUGAAGAGACAGGGAGAAGUAGCAGGCAGACAGGUCACUGUAGUCGAGGCUCCAGGCUGGUUUCCCAAUAUUGGCCUGGCAUACACUCCUCAGAUAACCAAAGACGAGAUUGUGCUCAGCAACUCCAUCUGUGCACCAGGUCCACAUGCUUUCUUACUGGUCUUAUGUGUGGAUCACACAGAUAAUCACACCAGAUAUUGGAGAAAGAUUGUCGAGACACACGUGGAGCUUCUUGGCCUGCGGGCAUGGAAUCAUACCAUGGUGCUGUUCAUUCGUGGAGACCUGCUGGGAGACACCAGCAUUCAGGCGUACCUCAAGGGAAGAGGGAAGAAUCUCGUGCACCUGCUGGAGAAGUGCGGGAAUAGAUAUCACGUCUUUAGCAACAAGAAGAAGUGUGCUGGUGGCCAGGGCACGACCGAAAACGACCCUCAAGUCACAGAGCUGCUGGAGAAGGUAGAGGCAAUGGUGGCGUCCAACUCUGGCCAACACUAUGAGGUGGACAGGACGAGACUGAAGGAAAUACAGGAGAAGAAGAAGAACGAUGAACAGAGAGCCCAGACACGAGUGUCAAAGGUGGAGGAGCAAAGAAAACACCUCCAGACACUGAAGCAUGAGUUUAUGUCUGGUGAUGCACAUCCACCCUCAGAGUUCCGAGUUGUCCUCUUUGGGUACAGACAAUCUGGAAAGAGUGCAACAGGAAACACCAUCCUGGGCAAAGACGAGUUUAAAGUGAACAACCUGACAGCGAGCUGCGUGGUGAGAGAGGGAGAGGUAGGAGGCAGGAAGGUCACUGUGGUCGAGGCUCCGGGAUACACCAAAACAUUCAACGAUACUCCUAAUGUGACGAAAAAGGAGAUGGGCUAUAGUGUGUCACUGUGUCCUCCAGGACCACAUGCUGUGCUUCUGGUCAUUUCUGCUGCUCUGUCUUUCCCCAAAGAAGAGUGCACAAAAAUGCAAGAACACUUGAAGCUUCUUGGUGAGGGCGUGUGGAGUCACACCAUGGUGGUCUUCACCCGUGGGGACUGGCUGGGAGGCACAUCGAUUGAGCAGGUCAUUGAGAGUGAAGGAGAGAGCCUGCAUAGGGGUCUGGUUGAGAAAUGUGGCAAUAGGUAUCACGUCCUCAACAACAGCAACAAGAGAAAUAGGACUCAGGUCAUCGAGCUGCUGGACAAGAUUGAAGAAAUUGUCGCAGGAAAUGGUGGCCGUCACUAUGAACUUGACGGGAAUAGACCAGAGGAAAAGAAGACAGAACAUGAACAGAGGAUAACAGACAGACUGAUGAAGGUGAAGAAGCAAAGAAAAUAUCUCCAGUCUCUCAAAAGCAGUUCUCCUCCUCUCUCAGAGUUCAGAAUUUUGCUGUUGGGACACAAAGCAUCUGGGAAGAGUUCAUCAGGAAACACCAUCCUGGGUGGACAGACGUUUGACCUGGACAGAAAAAUAACUCGGUGUGUGAAGAAACAGGGAGAAGUAGCAGGCAGACAGGUCACUGUGGUCAGGGCCCCGGGCUGGUGGAGAAAGAGCACUCUCAGCGACACUCAUAAGCUAAUUAAAGAAGAGAUUGCGUUCAGUGUGUGUCUGUGUCCUCCAGGACCACAUGCUGUCUUGCUGGUCAUACGUGUAUUUGAUUCUAUGCCAAAAAACAUCAAAACUAUCAUCCAGGAACACCUGGAGCUUCUUGGAGAAAGUGUCUGGAGUCACACCAUAGUGCUGUUCACUCGUUGGGAUUGGCUCGGAGACACAACCACUGAGCAGUACAUUGAAAGUGAAGAGGAAGGCUUCCACCAGUGGCUAGUAGAGAAAUGUGGCAACAGGUAUCACACAUUCAACAAUGAGGACUGGACAGUUGAUCAGGUGGAACAGCUGCUGGAGAAGAUCGAAGAGAUGGUGGCUGGAAACGAAGGGCGUCACUUUGAAAUGGACAGUAAGCGCCUGAAUGAAUUACUGGAAGUGAAGAGGACAGCAGAACAGAAGGCGACAAAAAGAAUGACACGGGUACUGGAACGAAGACGGCAGCUACAAGUUCUGAAAAGUUGUGAACCACCACUUUCAGAGCUCAGGAUUGUGCUACUGGGAAAGGGGUGUCUUCAGAUAAGUGCAAUAGGCAACACCAUCCUGGGCAGAGAAACGUUUGACCUGAAGAGAAAAACACCUCAGUGUGUGAAGGGAGAGGGAGAAGUAUCCGGCAGACAGGUCACUGUUGUCCAGCCUCCAGGAUGGCAUCCUCUUGCCUCUCUCGAAGCCACCUCUGAGCUCAUCAAACAGGAGAUUGAGCUCAGUGUGUCUCUGUGUCCUCCGGGACCUCACAUUUUCCUCCUGGUCAUUUGGGCCAAUAGUUGCUUUACUGAACAACAGAGAAAAACUAUUCAAGAACACGUGGAGCUUCUCGGCAAAACAGUAUGGAGUCACACCAUGGUGCUGUUCAUCUAUGGAGCCUGGUUGGGAGACACGACCAUUGAGCAGUACAUAGAGAGUGAAGGAGAGGCCCUGCAGUGGGUGGUAGAGAAAUGCCAGAACCAGUACCACGUCUUCAACAACCACAAUAUGGCCGAUAGCGGUCAGGUCUCACAGCUGCUAGACAAGAUCGACGAAAUGGUAGCAGGAAAGAGUGGUGCUCAUUACGAGAUUGAUGCAGAGAGACUGGAAGAAGUCCAAGAAAAGAGGAGGAAGGAGGAUGAGAGAGCCAGAGAGAGAGCAGUGCAGGUGGAGAAGCAAAGACAGCAGAACAAGGCGCUGGCUCAAGUUCAUGACGUGCCCACCCUGCCAGAGUUUAGGAUUGUGCUGCUGGGACAGAGAACGAAAUCUAAGAGCUUAGCGGGCAACACCAUCUUGGGCAGAGAGGAGUUUGACGUGAACAGAGCAAUAGCUCUGUCUAUGAAGAGACGGGGAGAAGUAGCAGGCAGGCAGGUCACUGUGGUAGAGGCACCAGGAUGGUGGAAGAAUAGUCACUUGAAAGACACCACAGAGCUCACCAAACAGGAGAUUGUGCUCAGUGCGUCUUUGUGUCCUCCAGGCCCACAUGUUGUCCUACUGGUUUUAAGUCAAACUGAUUCUUUAAAAGAGCAAGACAGGAUCAUCACUGUGAAACAUGUUGAGCUUCUCAGUGAGAGAGUCUGGAGUCACACCAUGGUGCUGUUCACUCAAGAGAACUUAAUGGGAGCCGUACCCAUUGAGCAGUACAUAGAGAGUGAAGGACAGGCCCUGCAGUGGGUAGUUGAGAAAUGUGGUAACCGAUACCACAUUCUCGACACUCACAAUAAAGAAGAUGCCACACAGGUGACACAGCUACUGGAGAAAAUUGAAGAGAUGGUGGCAGGAAAUAGGGGCCGUCACUUUGAGAUGGACACAAAGAGAGUGGAGGAAACCCUGAAGAGGAGGAAGAAACAGGAAGAGUCUGCAAAAGAGAGAAUGAUGAAGGUUGAGAAACAACAGCAACUUCUCCGAUCUCUGAAACGCGAAGCACCUCCUCUUAAAGAGUUAAGGGUUGUGCUGCUCGGCUGCAGAGGCUUUGGAAAGACUUCGUCUGGAAAUAUCAUCCUUGGCAAAGAUGUGUUUGACGUUAAGACGAAAACAGUGCGGUGUGCCGAGAGACGGGCUGAGGUGAUAGGCAGAAUGGUGACUAUCGUUGAUACGCCGGGAUGGUGGAAUGGACUCCACUUUUCAGACACUCCUGAGCUCACCAAACAGGAGAUUGUGAGCAGUGUGUCUCUGUGUCCUCCAGGACCACAUGCCCUCCUAGUGGUUGUGUCUGUGAAGGAAUCCUUCAUGAAGAAAACUUGGGAAAAUAUUCAGGACCACUUGAUGCUUCUCGGUGAAAAAGUCUGGAGUCAUAUCGUGGUAUUGUUCACAGAUAGAGACUGGCUGGGAGACACCACCAUUGAGCAGUACAUUGAGUGUGAAGGAGAGAGCCUGCACUGGCUUGUUGACAAGUGUGGAAACAGAUAUCAUGUCCUCAACAAUCAGUCUCGAUCAGAAGAUCAGGUCACACAGCUGCUGGAGAAGAUAGAGGAGAUGGUAGCAGGAAAUGGUGGACGUCACUUUGAGGUUGACACAACUAUUCUACAGGAAGUGGAGAAGAAGAGGAGUCACCUCACUACAAGAGUGGAGGACAGAGAGACAAGAGCUUACAGACAGGACGCUACUUUUAAAUUUGUCAUGGGUGAAACUCUGCCUCUCUCAGAGGUCCGUGUGAUGUUCCUGCAGUACAAAGAGAAAUCCACAUCAGCCCACGGCACUGAAAGCACAGACGACAACGACAACUCCGAUACCGGCCAAGACCCCAUCGAUUGCCCGACGAGACGGUGGGAGGUGGGAAGCAGAUCACGAUGGCGUUCGUCACAAUGACCCCAUGCAGGAAGGCUCUGGAGCAGACCAGGAGACAGAUGGCGUCCGGCAUGUCAGUGUGUGCUCCGGGCCCACACGCGUUCCUAAC